AGCUGCAGGUGCCAGACCCAAACGCCCGCGUGUCGGCUCUCCAGGCCACGGCUCCCGGUCGGCAGCUAGCGCGGAAGCAGCCGGGUCAGGACCACUCGGAACCACCCAGGACCCCAGGGAAGUCCCCUGCGGACACCGCCACUCUCGCACGCUCCCUUCCGCUGCAGUCUUACGUCACUUUCGUGUCCAGGACCCUUCUCCAUGUGUGUGCUGCCCCCCGACCAAGGUGGCGUUGGAUGGUUUCAGACAGACCUUGGUGGCCCCGCCUGAGAUGAGGCUCGGUGAUGAAAGACCAGCAUCCCGAGCCUGCUGAGAAAGUCCACGGGGAACAGGACCCAACUUGCUCAAAAUGAGGGGAGCAUUAUGCUUUUAAGUAAGAGAAGAAGAAGGAUUCGACUGCCAGCUUAGAAGGGGUGGAGAACAGAUUGCUCAUCAGGAUGUUGGAGAGGUGGAAUCUUGUCUAGAAGAAGAGCUGAUUGAGACAGAUGGGUGUAACUCUGAAUAAGUGAAGACAGUUCAUAUCCUGGGAGGAAGAGAAGGCCGCUGGCUCCUGGCAGACUGAUCCACAGGCUUCAAAUCCCUUUUCACUAAGUGUGCAAACCGCCCAGAGGAGAAGAUGGACUGGAGCACUUUGCAGACUAUUCUGGGGGGUGUCAAUAAACACUCCACCAGUAUUGGGAAAAUCUGGCUCACCGUCCUCUUCAUUUUCCGCAUUAUGAUCCUUGUUGUAGCUGCGAAGGAAGUGUGGGGCGACGAGCAGGCUGACUUCAUCUGCAACACUCUGCAGCCUGGAUGCAAAAACGUGUGCUACGACCACUUUUUCCCUAUCUCCCACAUCCGGCUCUGGGCCCUGCAGCUCAUCUUCGUGUCCACGCCGGCCCUGCUGGUGGCCAUGCACGUGGCCUACCACAGACAUGAGAAGAAAAGGAAGUUCAUUAGGGGAGAGAUAAAGAGUGAAUAUAAAGACAUCGAGGAGAUCAAAAGCCAGAAGGUCCGUAUCGAAGGGUCACUGUGGUGGACCUACACCAGCAGCAUCUUCUUCCGAGUCGUCUUUGAAGCUGUCUUCAUGUAUGUGUUCUAUAUCAUGUAUGACGGGUUUGCCAUGCAGCGUCUGGUGAAGUGCAACGCGUGGCCUUGUCCCAACACAGUGGACUGCUUCGUUUCCAGGCCCACGGAGAAGACUGUCUUUACAGUGUUCAUGAUCGCAGUGUCUGGAAUUUGCAUACUGCUAAAUGUCACUGAGCUGUGUUAUUUGCUAAUCAGAUAUUGUUCUGGAAAGUCAAAAAAACCAGUUUAACACAUCACCCAGCUCUUAGAUAAAAGAUAGAACGCAUGAAAAGGAUGAGGCAACCUGCACUUAGCUGUCAAAGCAGAGUCACCAGUAUUUCCCAAGACCAAGAUUCUCACCUUAGACACAAUCAUUUAAAACUCCUGUAGCUCUCACAUGAAACACCAAAUGCUUCAGGUGGAGCCCUUCUCUUCAAAAGUGAACAAACAAAGGCUUGCGCCUGUGCCAUGAUGGUUUUAACUCAGAUCGGUGCCAAUGAAGCCCCGUGCUGGUAGCGGUUAUUGGUGCCUGGUAAUUCCAUGUUUUGAAGAAAGGAUAUCGGCAUUUGUUUCUCUUUCUUUGAGGAAAGGAGAUAAAUGCCAGGUUCUAAAGAGGACACCAAGAAUGUCUAGUUGCUCCUCUUAGGGUCCCCUUUGCCAUUUCCCCCCUAAUUAAAGGUAAACAUAGAGAAUCUUGGCUCUUUUAUUCACUUUGGAAGUUUUAGUCUCUAAUGAUGGACCAGAUCACCUAAUGCUUCAAACUCUGUUAUACUUUUGUUAAGUGAAUGCUUUUAAAAUAAGUUCUUUUGAUCUCCAAGACAUUCUAAAAACCAUUGUAUGUUCCUCCUAUUUCAAAGGCUCAGAUUGUGAUAUGCAAAUGGCCUGUAGUUUGAUACUGUCAUUGAAUUUAAAUACGGCCUCUCAGUUAUGAAUACUCCACAGGGCCCCUGUAGAAACUGCUGUAUGUAGCACACAAGCGCAUCACCACCUCUAUCCCGUGAGUAAGCUAGAAGUUCUUAGCCAAGGCUUCUGACAGCCAAUGGCCUCAUGUCACAACUUUGGGUGUAACUUUGCAGAAGUACAGACUGGCUUUGCCACCAACUGCCACCAACUACAGGCUGACUCGAGACACCCUGUGUCCCCUUUCAGCGAUUGCCUUUUCCAUGACUGUGGUAAAGGGUAGGAACACUGAUUUAAAGAGUUUGCUCGGGAAUAUUUUGUUGCCACAGUUCAAUUUAAUGAUGCAGAACAAAAGGGAGGGUGGUGUAGUUACUAUUUUUAAAGAACAGAUGGAAAGACUGGAUUCUAAAUUCUGUGAUUAAAAAUGAGUUUCAUCUACUUCAAAGUUUGUUUGUUUCUCUCUUCAGCUUCCCAUUUUUUUAAGUGCAAAUAGAAUUAAUAGACAUUUUUUAAAAAUAGAAACUAAGGUUUAGGUAAAUAUUUAGCAGUACUAUAGGACAAAUUGAACCCUAAUAUUAUCAUUAUGCCUGACAUGUUUCCCCAAAUUUGUUACUGGCAUACUUCAAUGGGGGUGGAUGUUUUUCUUUUGCCAAGAAUAGCAUUGUAAAAACAUUUUGUAACAAUAAAUAGCUUUAAUUACAUGCCUGUAACUAAAA